UCCACGACCACGACUCAAGAAACCACGAACAACCCCUCUCAACACAUCCGAUCAACUCAAUUAUCCUCUCAUAAAUCCAACACACGAUGUCCUCCACUGUCGCCCCCGCGCACCUCCGCGCCCUCUACCGCUCCUUCCUCCGUGAGCUCCCGUCCCGUCGCCUCAAGGGAUCGCCUGUCCAGAACCGCAUCCGCACAGCAUUCUCAUCUGCGCCGUCCGGAUCGCCACAAAACGUCGCAGUGGACCACGCGCAGCAGUAUCUGCAGUACCUGAAGGCACAAAGGCAGUAUGCGACGCUACUCGAGCGCUACAACCCGGGGAUGAAUAUGGAUGAGGAAGAGAGGGUCAAGUUGACGGCAAGGAGGGUUGGGUUUGAAUUGCCGGAAGAAUAUGAGGCAGGGAAGGAGUGAAAUAGGGCGGACUAGAGCUGUGCUAUUUUGGAGGCGGAUGAUGGAAAGAGAUUGAUACCAGGAGGUUCAGAGGCGACGGGCUGGAGUUGGAAGAGCAUUUGGGAUCGGCCUGGAUUGAGGAGUGGCUGAGGUUGCAUGUACAAUGAAUCGCUGACAGUAUACCUUUCUCUAGACUGGAUAUCUGAGGGUGAUGGCACGGUUGAUUGGUGUAUACAUAUCGGAGUAUGAGCGGGAAUGGCAUAGACGGCGCUGGAUCAUGAAUGCAAUUGUACAACAUAGCUUGAAGAGGCACUUCAAAUAGCAAAUCAAAUGUAAAAACUAAAAGUCUGUCUUCACGGCGCAAGCAAUGAUGCAAAUCGAU